AUGGUGUCCCAGAAUCAGAGGACGCCGGGAGACCAGGUGUUCUGGCCCAAGGUGGUGCUCAAGAAAUGGCUCAACCUCAGGAGCAAGGACGCCAAGUUCAACGCCGACGAGGACGACGGCGACGACGACGGGGAGCAAGAGGAGAGCUGCGGCUGCGACGGCGCCGAGGCGGAGCGCGAGGCCGGAGGCGUGGACAUCGCCGAGGAGAGCCUGGACGCCGCGCCGUACAAGCUGCGGCGGCGGAACUCGGAGACGAUGCGCGCGCAGUACAUCAGCACCAAGGAGCUCAGGAUCUGCAUUGGCACGUACAACGCCGCCGGCAUAGAGCCGCCGGAAGGCCUCGACAUCGCCGAGUGGCUCGGCACCACCGGCGGCGAGCAGGCCGACAUGUACGUGCUCGGGUUCCAGGAGGUGGUGCCGCUCAACGCCGGCAACGUGCUCGGCGCCGAGGACGUCCGGCCGGCGCUGGCGUGGGAGGCGCUGAUACGUGACACGCUCACGCGGACCCAGCCGUCCUGCUCGAGGCCCAAGUACAGGUACCGCAGCCACCCGGCCACCCCGACCCGCGACGGCUCCGACGAGCUGUUCCCCGGCGGCACCGACACCGACACCGACGACGACGCACCCUUCAGCUUCCCGGUGUACCCCGAGGAGUACGUGGCCGCCACCCCCAGGAUGCUCGGGGCCAUGGAGGACCUAGAGGACGAGCAGCCAAGGGCGCAGCAGAGGGCGCUCCUGAAGACGAUGAGCAAGACGGACAGGAUCGGGCUCGCCUGGCCGGAGCAGCCGCUGGACCUGAUGGCCACCGCGUCCUUGUCAUCGGCGUCGUUCAAGUCGCCGAGAUCGUUCGGCGCGCACAGGUCGUUCGUGAAGUCCAGGGUCGCCGCCGACGACUGCCCGGCCAUGGUCCCUGACCUGGACCUCGACCUCGACGGCGAGGCCGCGCGUGGUCAUGGGAAGAAGAAGGGCGGCGGCAGGUCGCCGUUCGUGAGGAUCGUAAGCAAGCAGAUGGUGGGCGUGUUCCUGACCAUCUGGGUGCGACGCGGCCUGCGGAGGUGCGUCCAGAACAUCAAGGUGUCCACCGUGGGCGUGGGCGCCAUGGGCUACAUCGGCAACAAGGGGUCGGUGUCGGCGAGCAUGUCCAUCUACCAGACCAUGUUCUGCUUCGUGUGCACCCACCUGUCCGCCGGCGAGCGGCCCGGCAACCUCCUCAAGCGGAACGCCGACGUGCAGGAGAUCCACCGGCGGACCCGCUUCGCCGGCCCCGGCGGCCUCGAGCUGCCCAGAGACAUCUACGACCACGAGAGGAUUUUCUGGCUGGGCGAUCUGAACUACCGGAUCGACGUGCCGUACGACAGAACCCACAGCCUGAUCGCCGCCAUGGACUGGCCUCAGCUAGCCGAAAAAGAUCAGCUGAAGCGGGAGCUGAGGAAGGGGCGGGCGUUCGAGGGGUGGAGCGAGGGGGUGCUGGAGUUCGCGCCGACGUACAAGUACGAGGUCGGGACGGGCAAGUACAUCGGCGACGACCAGAAGGGCGGGAGGAGGACGCCGGCGUGGUGCGACCGGGUGCUGUCGUUCGGGAAGGGGGUGAGGCUGCUGGGGUACGGCAGGUCGGAGCUGACGCUGUCGGACCACAAGCCGGUGACGGCGACGUACGCGGCGGAGGUCGAGGUGUUCUGCGGCAGGAAGCUGCAGCGGGCUCUCACGCUCACGGACGCCGAGGUGGAUAGCGGGGACGUGGUCGUGCCGGACCUCGAGUUUUGA